AUGCCCAGAACUGCCAUGACCAAGAGCAAGCUGGCAAGGAGAGUCAUGCAGCCCUCUCAAUGGGCCAUGCCUGCCCUCUCCUCUGAUCGUCCCUCCAGACCCAGCCCUCUGAGCCUAUCCCUUCUACCAGAACCUCACAGAAUAGCUACUACUGCCAAGAAUCCAAUGGUCAGUCACUCAGAGGCACCUAAUACCUCCCGGCUUGAACCAGCCAGACCUCACCCAGGAAACAAUAAUUAUUUACAUGUCCUCUACUUCAGCUGUACCUUUGCCUGGAUACCACCCAGUUCUUCAGGGAAGGCAGGGUAG